ACACUUGAUCAGGAAAUGUGUUGAUAUCUUUAUCUGGAAGUGUACUAGUGCAUUGGAAUACAUCUUUUACCGAUUAUUGUACGUAUUGGUUGGGGUUUUAAAUGCAAGACUAUUGUAAUAUUCAUCAAAAAAGACUGCAAAUACACUCWUUACAAUCAUCCUGGAUUUGAGCCAGUUGGAUUUCUACGGCAGUUAUAUGUGUACCAAGGUUGUACAGCCAUUUUUAAAAGACUUUAGAACACAUUUGUGGACAUCUGAACGUUUAUAUUUGAGGACUUUGAGGACUAAACACUGAUAGAUUGAAAUAUGUAUUCGUUAAGAACUUGUGGGAAUAUUUUGAAAAGACAUUUGAAGCCAUCUUGUAAAUAUGGAUGGACAAGUAUUCGACCUCAACAGACAGCAGCCAUUGUGGCGAAGGAAUCCUUUAUCAAUGGUAGUAGCAGUAACUAUGUUGAGGAGAUGUAUGCAUCAUGGUUGGAGAAUCCUAAUAGUGUUCAUAAAUCAUGGGAUGCUUACUUCAAAAAUGUUAAAGGAGGAAUGCCCCCAGGACAAGCCUAUCAACCUCCACCAGUGUUAGGUCAGCCUAGCAGUGCUGUGGCAACAACWAUUUCUUCACCAACAGCAGUUGACCAAUCAAACAUCAAUGARAUUGUACAGGACCAUCUUGCUGUUUAUUCAUUGAUUAGAUCCUAUCAGAUAAGAGGYCACAGAAAAGCUAAACUGGAUCCUCUGGGAAUUCUGCAAGCUGACUUGAGUGAAGAUAUUCCAGUUGAUCUGCAGCUUGCAUAUUGGGGUUUGGGUGAAAAAGACAUGGAUAAAGUAUUUCAGCUCCCUAACACGACAUACAUUGGUGGAGAUAAGAAUGUCUUGACAUUGAGAGAAAUUGUKAACAAACUUGAGCAAACUUAUUGCAAUCAUUACGGACUUGAUUUUAUGUUCAUCCCAGAAAAGUACAAAUGUGACUGGAUAAGAAAAAAGUUUGAAUCACCAGGAUCAAUGGCUUUGUCCAGAGAAGAAAAACGAACCCUUUUGGCAAGACUUGURCGAUCAACUGGAUUUGAAGCAUUUUUGGCAAGGAAAUGGUCAUCAGAAAAGCGGUUUGGAGUUGAAGGUUGUGAGGUGUURAUUCCUGCCAUGAAAACCAUCAUUGAUGUCUCAAGUGAUCUUGGUGUUGAGAGUGUUGUCAUGGGAAUGCCACACAGGGGAAGACUGGAUGUUUUGGCUAAUGUCUGCCGCAAGCCUUUGGAACAAAUCUUUACACAGUUUGAUCCAACAUUAGAAGCUUCUGAUGAGGGUUCUGGUGAUGUCAAAUAUCAUCUUGGUAUGUCCCAUGAACGUCUUAAUAGAGCAACCAAUAAGAUUGUUAGACUGGCUGUCGUUGCGAACCCUUCUCAUCUUGAAGCUGUUGAUCCUGUWGUCCAAGGAAAGACAAGAGCAGAGCAGUUCUAUAGGGGAGAUUCACAAGGAAAAUCUGUGAUGAGUAUCUUGUUGCAUGGCGAUGCAGCUUUCUCUGGMCAAGGUGUUGUUUAUGAAACAUUUCAUCUUAGUGCUUUACCUCAUUACACAACUAAUGGUACCAUUCACAUUGUGGUAAAUAAUCAGAUUGGAUUUACCACAGAUCCAAGGUACUCACGUUCUUCACCAUACUGCACUGAUAUCGCCAAGGUUGUUGAUGCUCCAAUAUUUCAUGUUAAUGCCGAUGACCCUGAGGCUGUAAUGCAUGUUUGUAAAGUGGCUGCUGAAUGGAGAGCACAGUUUAACAAAGACAUCGUCAUUGAUUUGGUGUGCUACAGAAGAAAUGGCCAUAAUGAGGGUGACAACCCCAUGUUUACUCAACCUCUUAUGUACAAGCGCAUCCAAAAACAAGAACAGGUUUUGAAUUCAUACUCCAAGAAACUUAUUGCUGAAGGUGCCGUUACCAAGGAUGAGGUUCAGGAAGAGAUUGCUAAGUAUGAGAAGAUUUGUGAGGAAGCGUACCUUGAGUCCAAGUCAGAAAGAAAGCAACUAAGGAACAGAGAUUGGUUGGACUCACCAUGGAAGGGUUUCUUUCCCAAGAACUACCAAAUGGCUCCCAUCAAGCCCACUGGAAUCACCAUGGAUAAAAUCAAACAUGUUGGCAAAGCAAUGAGUACACCGCCAGAGGGAGACUUCAAGACACAUGGAGGACUGAAGAGAGUCCUUAGAGGUCGYGCUGAGUUGUUACAAAAUGGUUAUGUUGACUGGGCAAUGGGAGAGGCCUUAGCAUUUGGGUCUUUACUCAUGGAAGGCAUUCAUGUCAGACUGAGUGGGCAAGAUGUUGAAAGAGGAACAUUUAGCCACCGUCAUCACAUCCUUCAUUGUCAAGAAAAAGAUAAACUUCUGUACUGUCCUUUAAAUGAUUUGAGUGAAGACCAGGCCCCCUAUACCGUCUGUAAUAGCUCACUAUCUGAAUAUGCUGUGUUAGGGUUUGAGCUUGGUUUCAGCAUGACAAAUCCAUAUGCAUUAAUCCUCUGGGAAGCACAGUUUGGAGACUUCAUGAAUACAAGCCAAUGUAUCAUUGACCAGUUCAUCAGCAGUGGGCAAGACAAAUGGGUGCGACAAACAGGUCUUGUCUUGUUGUUACCACAUGGCUAUGAAGGAAUGGGUCCAGAGCAUUCCAGUGCAAGACCAGAAAGGUUCCUUCAAAUGAGCAAUGAUGACCCAGACGUGUUUCCACCUGAAGGGGAAUUGUUUGAAGCUUCUCAGCUGAAACAUUCUAACUGGCAGGUUGUGAAUUGCAGCAAUCCGGCGAGCUAUUUCCAUGUUUUGAGAAGACAAAUGGCUAUGGAUGUCCGCAAACCACUCAUCAUCUUCACUCCAAAGAGUCUUCUUCGUCUUGAGGCAGCCAGGUCUCACAUUGAUGACAUGCUUGAAGGAACGUCUUUCCAAAGAGUCAUUCCUGACAAUGGACCUGCAACAGCUAACCCAGAAAAAGUCAGAAAGCUGCUUCUCUGUACUGGAAAGGUGUACUAUGAACUUCUAAAGGAACGCAACAAACGUGGUUUAGACGAAGACAUUGCCAUUACUCGUAUAGAACAGAUCAGUCCUUUCCCAUUUGACUUGAUCAAAGCUGAACAAAAGAAGUACGACAAUGCUCAAAUAGUCUGGGCACAGGAAGAACCAAAGAAUAUGGGUUACUGGGCUUAUGUUAAGCCACGUAUCAUGACUUCUAUCAGCAAUGCAGUAGAUGUUGUUUAUGUUGGACGWGCUACAGCAGCCUCUACAGCAACAGGAAAUAAACACCAGCACAUUUUAGAACAAGAGACUCUUAUCGAUGAAGCACUGCAGUAAAAAGAUUAUUGACAAUGCACUGAUGGAAAUCUUUUAUCAAUGAUACACUGCUGUUUUUGUGUAUAAUAUAAUGGAAUAUUGACUCAAGAGUGGAUCUAACUGAAGCUGUAUAGUAAUUUAGAAGCUAGAAAUAAUAAURCACAUGGAACUAGUAUACUUGAGGCAGCAGAAUGCAAAUGAGUCAAAUGACAAAUCAAACUCAAUAAAGAAAGUAAUGUUUGAUACAAA